AGCAACACCUUUGUGGAUCAAGAGGUAUGUGAAGAGGUGGGAGCAAGUUUAGAGCCUGUCAAGCUAAAACUAACGACAAUGAUGGGAAAAGAUUCCAUUAUUCAGAGUGAAAGAGUUAGUGGGCUUAGAGUUAGGGGGUUUUCCUCCCAAAGUCUUGUAAACUUGCCACCUGCCUAUACCAGAGAUUUCAUCCCUCUUUAGCGUUCCCACAUUCCAACCCCUGAAACAGCCAGAAGGUGGAACCAUCUGAACCGAAUAGCACAAGAAAUUCCAAAGUUGAUGGAUUGUAAGGUCGGAAUUUUAAUAGGCUAUGACUGCUCCAGAGCACUGGCUCCACGACAAGUCAUUAUAGGAGGUGACGAUGAGCCAUAUGCCACUAAGACGGACCUGGGAUGGAGCAUUGUUGGCAGCUCACCACGGGUUGCGAAGUCAUCAGAGGUUAUAGGCCUGUGCCAUCGUGUAUCCGUCAAAGAAAUUCCACUACUGACACCAGCCACUGUUAUCAAAGCCCUAGAAUCAGACUUCAAAGACACAAGCCCUGGGAAAAAGACCAUAUCACAAGAUGUCACAUACAGUUUAUGCAGUUACUGAAUGACAAAAUAUGCUACAAUGCAGAUGGGCACCUGGAAAUGCCCCUACCUUUUAAGACAUGCCCCCAGCUUCCAGAGAAUAAGCGGUUGGCUCUACUAAGACUGAAGCGUCUGAAAGGAAGACUUGAUAAAGAUCCCAAAUUCAAGGAUGACUAUAUUAAAUUUAUGGAAGGUGUAUUUGAGGAUGGUGAUGCGGAGAGAGCUGAGCACUCACCCAGGGCAGGAAAUACGUGGUAUAUUCCUCACCAAGGUGUCUAUCACCCUAGAAAGCCAAACAAAAUUAGGGUUGUGUUCGACUGCUCUGCCAAAUAUAAUGGCACAGCCCUAAAUGAUCAUUUGCUAUCUGGACCUGAUCUUACCAACGGCCUAACAGGAGUGCUUUGCAGAUUCCGCAAAUACCCAAUUGCAGUCAUCUGUGAUGUUGAGAUGUUCCACAGGUUCCAUGUAAGCCAGGAGGAUAGAGAUUACUUACGGUUCCUGUGGUGGGAACAUGGGGAUACGAAUUCUGAGCCAAAGGAAUAUCGUAUGAAAGUCCAUCUUUUUGGAGCGACAUCCUCUCCUGCUUGUGCAGAUUAUGGAAUGAAGUAUCUCGCAAGCCAAAAUGAAAAGGAGUAUCCUGCAGCAGCCAACUUCAUAAGGAAGAAUUUCUAUGUUGAUGAUGGCCUUGCUAGCGUAGAUGUGGACACAGCUAUCAACCUUGUGAAGGAAGCACAAAAUGUGUGUGCUAAAGGAAGAUUGCAUCUUCAUAAGUUCAUCUCUAACAACAGAGAGGUUCUGGAGUCAAUUCCUGACAGUGAAAGAGCUAGUGGAGUUCAGGAUGUGGACCUCAGUCAUGACAACCUCCCUGUCCAGACUGUGUUGGGAGUAAAGUGGAGUGUGAGUAGUGAUGCCUUCACCUUCAAGGUUGCUCUGGAUGAGAAACCAGCAACACGGCGAGGAAUCCUUUCGACUGUGGCUUCUGUGUUUGACCCUCUAGGAUUUCUAGCCCCUUUUCUACUGCAGGGAAAGAAAGUACUACAGGAGAUGUGCCAUAAAGGCAUUGAAUGGGAUGAACCGCUGCCUGGAGAGUUAAGACCUCAAUGGGAAAGCUGGUUAAACGAUCUAAAGAAUCUGGAAAAACUUCAGAUCCCAAGGUGUUUCAUUCCCCAAAAUCUGGAAAGAGUGCAGAGAAUUGAACUCCAUCACUUUUCCGAUGCGAGUAGCCACGGGUACGGUCAGUGCACAUAUAUACGAUUGCUCAGUGAAGACAAGGUGCACUGUUCUUUAGUCAUAGGUAAAGCAAGGGUUGCACCCACAAAGGUUGUUACCAUACCUAGACUCGAGUUAACAGCUGCAGUGGUCUCCUCAGCAGUCAGUAGUAUGUUAAGAGAAGAACUGGAGCUCAAAAUUGAUCAAGAAUAUUUUUGGACUGAUUCUAAAGUAGUCUUAGGUUACAUCAAUAACGAUGCCCGAAGGUUUCACGUUUUCGUUGCCAAUCGUGUCCAAAGAAUCAGAGAAGCAUCAGAACCUGUACAGUGGAACUACAUCGAUACAGACCAAAAUCCAGCGGAUCAAGCAUCCAGAGGUCUCAGUGUUUCAGAGUUGAUUAAUUCAGACUGGCUUACUGGACCAAAGUUCUUGUGGAGAAGAGAGAUCGUCAUGCCAAAGUCAACUCCAGAGCUCUUGUUGGGAGAUCCUGAAAUCAAAACACAGGUUCUGCAAACCAAAGUAAUACAAGAGGACAAUUUUUUGGAGACAUUUAAUCGUUUCUCAAAAUGGCAUGCAGCAUUAAAUGUGGUUGCUCGGAUCCAGCUACUAGCAAAAAGAGACAAAAUACCAAAGCCCAUAAAUGUUGAAGACCUGAGGAAAGCCAGCAUUGUACUCAUUAAACUAGCACAAAGGGAUGCUUUCAAAAAGGAAAUGGAUAUGGAUACUGAGCCAUGACAAACUGCCAAAUAAUCAUCCAUUGUUCCAGCUUGACCCAGUGCUACAAGAUGGUGUCCUUAGGGUGGGAGGGAGACUAAAGAAAGCUAACUUAUCUCUGGACUUGAAGCAUCCAGUGAUCCUCCCUAAGGCAGGUGUGGUCACACAUUUAAUCCUGGGUUACUGUCACGAUAAAACUCAGCAUCAAGGCAGAGGGCAGACUCUCAAUGAACUGAGAGCCAAUGGUUACUGGGUCAUUGGUGGCAGCAAAGUCAUAGCCAACUACAUAAAACAAUGUGUUACCUGCAGGAGAGCUCGCAGGCCAACAGAAACACAAAGGAUGGCGGAUCUACCUAUUAAUCGUACUGAACCAUCACCACCCUUCUCAUACUGUGGAAUCGAUUGUUUUGGGCCAUUUUACACCAAACAAGGUCGCAAGGAGCAAAAGAGGUAUGGUCUCAUAUUCACCUGUCUUUCCUCCAGAGCAGUUCACGUUGAAAUGUUGGAUGACUUGACAACUGAUGCCUUUAUAAAUGCCCUAUGGUGUUUUAUAGCUAUUCGUGGAGCUGUGAGAGAAAUCAGGUCUGAUCAAGGCUCAAAUUUUGUUGGGGCAAAAAAUGAACUGUCAAGAGCACUAAAGGAAGUAGAUAAAGACAGACUGACUGCUUACCUAGCCCAAAAACAAUGCGACUUCACAAUGAAUGUGCCUGAUGCCAGUCAUAUGGGUGGUAUUUGGGAAAGGCAGAUCAGGACCGUUAGGAGUGUUCUAAGCUGGGUCUUAUCGCAAAGUGCUGGCAGACUAGAUGAUGCUUCUUUAAGAACAUUCUUCUACGAAGCCAUGUCAAUUAUCAACAGCCGUCCACUGAGCGUCAACUCACUUAAUGAUCCAAAAAGCCUAGAGCCCCUUACCCCAAACCAUUUACUUACCAUGAAAGCUUCUGUUCCACUGCCUCCACCAGGAAAAUUUGUAGCAGAAGAUAUGUAUGCCAGGAAAAGGUGGCGCAGGGUACAAUAUCUUACAGAGCAAUUCUGGUGUAGAUGGAGGAGAGAAUAUCUUGCAAAUAUCACCUUCAGACAACGCUGGCAUUCUCCAAAACGGAAUGUGAGGAUUGGAGAUAUUGUUAUUGUCAAAGAGGAAGAGAUUCCACGCAAUGAAUGGAGGCUUGGAAGAGUGUUUGAUGUUUGUAAAGAUGAAGAUGGAUUGGUGCGAAAGGUCACAAUACAAAUAGGAGAUAGAAAGUUAGGAAAGGAGGGUAAAAGACACAAUAACCUUUCCAUUCUGGAACGUCCCAUCCAUAAGUUAGUUGUACUCAUAGAAAACAACUAAAGUGUGUUUCAUUAGAAAUAAUUUAAACACUCACACAUUGUAGAAUAUUUGAAACGUUAAAUGUAUGUAAGAGUUCGAUAAAUAACUGUUUCUGGUAUGUGGUUCUGGAAUUACUAGAUUUAUUCAAACCUGUGCUUAAAGUUCUCAUAAAUCAAAGUAAUUGGUGGGAGUGUAAAUGUCUGCAAGACAGUUAACUGUUCUUUGUUAUUAAUAUAAGUUGGUUUCAAUGCAUGAAAAUUUAAACAGAGGGUUGGGAGUGUAGUAUGUGAUGUUCAGAGAGUAUGUGCAUGUUUCUUUAAAACUACGUGAUGCACACGUGAUGCUAGUGUUGCGCGGGACUAUGGAAUUAUGGGUCAGAGCGUAGCAAUGACAUGCAUAUGUUAACAUGCUGACAUAAAUAAUUACCAUUUAUCUGCAUGUGGUUCAAAAGGCGCACACGUUUUCACGGUGUCUGAAGGGAGAGCGCGUGAGAGAGUGUAAAUAAAUUCAAACGACAUCAGUACGAUGCGUGGACAUUAUUUUAUUGAACCAGUGCAGCUACAUAC